GUCACAUCUGGUACAGUGUGACAAUGAAGAUGUCGUGUCGAUCAUACUUUAAUCAUAUAUAUUUCUAAGCGAAAGAAACUAACCUAGUUAUUUUUGCUAAACGAUUUUGUUUGAUUCAGUUAUUUCUUAAAUGAAUUAAAGUAGCAUAAGUUGAAUUACAAAAUAACGUAUACUUAAUUAUUGUUGCUCAUUAUAUGUCACCUGCUGAGGAAAAGACGUUGUGAAAAAGUAAAGUACGUUUUGCAAAUAUCGUUAUGGUUUUGCCACGAGUAUAUUUUGAUGUAGCCGCUGAUGAUAAACCAUUGGGUCGUAUCGUGAUGGAAUUACGAACAGAUGUAGUCCCAAAGACAGCAGAAAAUUUUCGCGCUCUUUGUACGGGAGAGAAAGGUUUCGGAUAUAAAGGAAGUACCUUCCACCGAAUAAUUCCUAAAUUUAUGUGCCAAGGUGGUGAUUUCACUAAUCACAAUGGUACAGGAGGAAAAUCUAUUUAUGGGGAAAAGUUUGAAGAUGAAAAUUUUGAAUUGAAACACACUGGACCAGGCAUAUUGUCUAUGGCAAAUUCUGGGUCUAACACCAACGGUUCACAAUUUUUUCUAACUACUAUAAAGACUACUUGGUUGGAUAAUAAGCAUGUAGUUUUUGGUUCUGUAGUUGAUGGUAUGGGUGUAGUAAAAAAAAUUGAAAGUUAUGGCUCACAAAGUGGGAAAACACACCAGAAGGUUGUAAUUACCAAUUGCGGUCAACUUUAAAGCAUUGUAUUUUACACCUUUAUAAUAUGUCAUACAUAUGUAUUUUCUUUUUCUUGAUAGGCAAAUUUUUGUAAAAUGAAUAAUGCAGUGUAAAAAUAUACAAAUAUCAAAUGAAAUAAUGCGUCUGUUUGGAUGACAUAAAUAA